UCCAGUAUCGGCAGUAUGGUUCUCACACCAUUUCCACUCAAUUUAUACUCUCCCUCUUCAACCUGCUCUUCUUCACCAUCUCUCUACUUUCUCUCUCAUCACUCACAAACCCAAUCUUCGAUCAGUUUUAUAGCUCUCAAAUUCAGACCUUCUUGUUCUCAUCACAACGCCCAACUUGAUACACGACAAUUCAACCCUACAAAGAAGAAGAGAAAGCCCAAACCAAGCUUUUUCGAAGAAAUUCGCGAUAAGUGGUCUGUCAAACCCACUUCUUUGAGAGAGAAACUUCCAUGGCAAGAACAGGAACAGAGAGAGCCAAUUAAAGAAGUGCAAGAACAGAGCCUGCAGUUUUCUGGGUCUGAGUUGGAAGCUGAGAAGAAAUCUCCCGUUAGUGACCCGGUGAGUUUCGGUUCCUCAAUUCGCAUAAUUUCACCUCCUUGGAUUCAUGGAAGCAAUCCCAAAAAAACCCAGUUUGAUUUUGAAACUAGAAAUCCACAAGAUGUUUGGGAAAAGGGCGAAAUUAUUAAUGAAUUUGGCAGAAAUUCCAAAAACAAGUAUCAUAAUGUAGGUCAGGAAUCCAAGAAUUUAGAAAGAGGAGCUAAUUAUAAUGGCGAAUGUAAAGAAAGAGUUCAAGUUAAUUCAAACCCAGUUGGGUUACAGGAGGAGGAGGAGGAGGCUGCGCUUGUUGGGGCCGAUAAUGGCGUUUUGUUUGAUGGAAAAUCAUCGAAGGUUGAUGGAGAAUUCCAUAGUUUUGAGGGUAGUGAUGACAGGGACUCAACGUGGCUGCCAUGGAAGACAGAGAGUGAUAUGAAAUCCGUGGAAGGAGAAAGGUUGAGGAAUAGCAGCACCAAGUUGGCAGAGGAGUUAAUUCCUGAAAAUGAAUUGAAAAGGCUUAGAAAUGUCGCUUUGAGAAUGGUAGAGAGAAUAAAAGUUGGUGCGGCGGGUAUUACACAGGAAUUGGUGGACUCUAUACAUGAGAAGUGGAAGGUGGAUGAGGUGGUGAAAUUGAAAUUUGAAGGGCCUCCUGCAAUGAACAUGAGAAGAACCCAUGAGAUUUUAGAGAGUAGGACUGGAGGUUUGGUAAUAUGGAGAUCAGGCAGUUCAGUAGUGUUAUACAGGGGAAUGACCUACAAGCUUGAUUGUGUUCAGUCAUAUACGGAACAAAAUCUAGUUGACUUGAAUAAUUCACACUCUUCAAGAGAAUUUGUGCAUGAAGUCACCCAAAGAGUUGAAUUCAAAGGCUCAGUUAGGACUACAGAAUCAAUGACCACUGGUUCAGUAAGGUCUUUGAAGGAUUUAUCUGAAAAAGAACUCAUGGACUUAAGUGAGCUCAACUAUCUUUUAGAUGAGCUGGGUCCAAGAUUUAAAGAUUGGUCAGGCCGCGAUCCUCCGCCUGUUGAUGCAGACUUGCUUCCUGCUGUGGUUCCUGGAUAUAAAACUCCAUUCAGACUUCUUCCUUAUAGGAUAAGACAGGGUUUACGAGACAAGGAGAUGACAUAUUUCCGUAGGACUGCUAGAACAAUGCCUCCACAUUUUGCAUUGGGAAGAAACAGAGAACUGCAAGGUCUGGCUAUGGCUAUGGUGAAGCUAUGGGAAAGAAGUGCGAUUGCCAAGAUAGCCAUCAAACGCGGCGUACAGAAUACCUGUAAUGAGAGGAUGGCAGAAGAACUCAAGAUAUUGACUGGGGGAACCCUGCUCUCUAGGAACAAGGAUUAUAUUGUCUUCUACAGGGGUAAUGACUUCUUGCCACCAGUAGUUACAGAGACGUUGGAAGAAGCGCAAAAAUUAACUGCCCUUCGACAGGAUGAUGAAGAACAAACACGACAGAAUGCAUCAAUGAUAUAUUCAAAUGCCAAAGCUGCUAAAGGUCCAUUGGUUGCAGGAACCCUUGCAGAGACCAUGGCAGCAACCUCACGCUGGGGGAACCAACCUAGCAGCGAAGAUAUAGAAAAGAUGAUGAGAGAUUCAGCUUUGGCAAGACAUGCUUCACUUGUCAGAUAUCUAGAGAUGAAGCUUGCUCUUGCUAAAGGCAAGUUCAAAAGGGCUGAGAAGGCUUUAGAAAAAGUACAAGAGUGUCUGGAACCAGCAGAUCUCCCAACUGAUUUAGAAACCAUAAGUGACGAGGAGCGAUUCUUAUUUCGUAAGAUGGGCCUGAGUAUGAAACCCUUUUUGCCUCUAGGGAGGCGAGGAAUUUUUGAUGGGACAAUAGAAAAUAUGCACUUACACUGGAAAUAUCGGGAGCUGGUGAAGAUAAUUGUGGAGAGAAAAAGUUUCCCCCAAGUCAAGCAAAUUGCAAUCUCUCUUGAGGCUGAGAGUGGUGGAAUUUUAGUAUCUGUAGAUAAAACUACUAAAGGCUAUGUGAUUAUAGUCUAUCGUGGGAAGAAUUAUCAACGUCCUGAUGCAGUGAGGCCCAAGAAUCUCUUAACUAAAAGGCAGGCACUAGCUAGGUCAGUUGAACUUCAGAGGCGCGAGGCAUUAAAGCAUCAUAUCUUGGACUUACAAGAAAGAUUUGAGAAGCUGAAGACUGAGCUAGAAAAAAUGAAGAAUGCCAAGGAGAUUGAUGAGGAGACUUUUAACUCGAGAAUGGAUAAUGCAUAUUCGUCUGAUGAUGAGAUGGGAGAGGAUGAUGGUGAAGAGUCGUUCCUUGGUAUAUAUGACAGUGAGCACGAGGAUGGCAAUAUUUAAAACAAAGAGCUCAUGCGUAAAAGAGAACCAUUUAGGAAUUGCCAGUGACUGGAGCUUAGAAGAUUAAGCACUGCAGACGUGUGAAGGAAGUUUAACAACUUUGUUGAGAGAUCUUCACUACAAGAACAAGAUAUGAAUAGCAGAUUCAUGCUUAAACAUGCCAUUUUUAACCUAAUGUGUAAAAUGGAGGAAUGAUGUUGCUUAUUGUAAGUGGCAUGCACAGGGGUCUCUCCCAUUACUAUUGGCACUCGUAAGAAUUGAAAAUUUCUUAGCUUCUUGCAUGCAUCUAACCAUUUUUGUAAAUAGGAAGUGAUCCACCACUGAAUUCAUCAAUAAUUGUUGUGUUAUGCCACUGUUAUUAUGAGUUAUUGAAUAUGUCUCAAGGCUACUUGAAGCACAUACAAUUCCUGAUAUGAUAUAUAGUUCUCUGCUCGAUGAUUUGAUUUUGUAUUCAUA